UCGGCUCCUCUGCGCGUCUGAAUGCGCCUGAGGUCGCUGUUCUUAGCGUCACUUCUCCCUCUUCUCUUUCGAUUUUGGAGGGAUAAUGGAGAAACACCACACGGACUCACGAGUCAAAGGAGUCAGCACAGGGACCACCAUCCUGGCUGCCACUUUUGAUGGAGGGGUCGUAAUUGGUUCAGAUUCCCGGGCAUCUAUUGGAGGGGAAUAUGUAUCAUCUAAGACAAUCAACAAGGUGAUUCAGGUUCAUGACCGGAUCUUCUGCUGCAUGGCCGGCUCACUCGCAGACGCUCAGGCCGUCACCAAGGCUGCAAAGUUCCGCCUGUCCUUCCACAGUGUCCAGAUGGAGGCCCCUCCUCUAGUGAUCGCAGCAGCAUCUGUGCUGAAAGAACUGUGUUACAAGAACAGAGAAGAGCUGGAGGCCGGCUUCAUCACAGCGGGCUGGGACAAGAAGAAAGGACCACAGGUGUACGUGGUGUCUCUUGGUGGGAUGUUAGUCCGCCAGCCGAUUACCAUCGGUGGCUCAGGCAGCACGUACAUCUACGGCUACGUUGACGCCAAAUACAAACCCAACAUGAGCCGAGAGGACUGUCUACAGUUUGCCACUAAUGGUACUGCUGUUUUUGCUUAUGUACCCAAAUUUAAACUAGUGUGCUUGUUUUGUCAGUAAGUUCAUGUGAUGAUUUAAAAAUGAGUUAUGGGGGGACUGGGUCAUGAUUCCAUUUAAAAAUAUGGAUAUGAAGUAAGGUUGUAAUAGACGAGGAUGAUUGAUGCUUGGUAAAUCUUUACUCAAUGUAAAAAAAAAAAAGCAGAGUAGUUAAGACAAGAUUUUAUUUCAACAUCUAGCAGUCUUCUGUGGGAUGAGGAGUUUGCUCUGUGUGUCAUUUGUGACCUGACUUUGUGAAUUUAACAUGAAGAAGUUAGGUUAACCCCUUGAAACCUGGAUUGAUAUCAGUUGUCUUUUCCUGCAUUGAAAUGUCUUUCACAAGCUCUUUGACUGUUUAAAACAUAAGCAGAUUGGUUUGAUUUCCUCUGCAAACAUGUUAAAAAUGGCGAUAACCAACUGGGCAAGAAAUAUCCCAA